UACGACUUUUAUGGUGGGCAAGCUUUUUUAUUUGACAUUUUAUACAAGUUUAUUCAAACAGCGCGAUAGGAUCGGCGACGUUAUCUUUCAAUGCAACGUUACCGCGAGCUGGUGCUUGAUAGCAUCUGGGGCCAUUGCUAGUUAAACCAACCUGAUAAGAGAUCGUGUUGCGGCUGUGUGCGUCCGUGUGUGUCGCACGUGCGCCUGUGUGCGGGGAGGGGAGUACGGCCGGCAGCCAGUCACUAAAAUUACGCGGCAAAAGAAUGACGUCGCGGACGAAAAGUUGUGCUCUGCGUUGAAAAGUUGUGUGUGUUUUGUGAUUGGACGCUGUGAUGUUAUUGUGGUUGAGUUAUCUGAGGCAGUUGGAGCUUGCGUGCGCCGGUACGAACGCGUUUCCGCCAGGCGGCGCUGUCGUCGCCAAAACAAUGUGUGAGGACGAGGAAUGGGGAAACGAGAGCGAGGCGAUGUCAGGAGAACCCCGAACGCCGAGCUCUGGUGGGGAGCGAGUCGCCUCCAGUGGUGGGGCAUCGCCGGUUUCUGAAGGUUCUACUGCCGCUUCUCCGCCACGAUUACGUCUCAAUACGAGUCUGGCGACCGAUCCGGCGCUCGCACCGGAAGCUACAUCUCUGAAGCACGAGCCGCCGACCCCGUCGCCCCCGCCACCACCCGUUCAACAACCGCGAGACUAUUUAGCUCUUACGGCCGCAAGCUUUCCAGCGCUGUUUCCCUCUACACCUCCUGGAUACAUGUGCCAACCUUGUGGAAUACGCUAUUCCUCUCUGAGUACUCUUCAAGCACACCAAGAACACUACUGCUCCAAAAGGAGAACGAAACCAGACGGCACUGAGACAACUGCUGAGGCAGUAGCCGAUGAGUCGAGCGGUGACUCAAAAACGCCGCGACCAUUAGGCAAGCAAUACGCUUGCACCUAUUGCUCAUACAGCGCUGACAAAAAAGUUAGUUUAAAUCGCCACAUGCGAAUGCAUUCUUCGUCACCCGUUAGCAGCAGUACUCCCGUUCCACCCCCAACUUCUAAUGGAGAAACUGUUGAAGGGCAGCCGUCGCAGGAUCGAUAUUGUAUGGAUUGUGACAUACAUUUCACGUCAAUUAAAACUUAUCGGGCUCACAAAGCACAUUACUGCAAUACGCGACAAGUGGUGAAACAAGCAUUAGCUGCAGCUAGAGCAAGUACAUCAGGGUCCACGCCACCAUCUCCUGGGACGACUCCUCCUGCGCAAAAUCAAUAUGCAUUGGCGCUGCCGACGAAUCCGAUUCUCAUAGUCCCAUAUUCAAUAUUGAGAAGCGCUAGUACGCUACCUGGUACUACUCUACCGGAUCCUGAUACUCCGUGCUUUUUAUUACCAAAUGGAACAUUCCAGCCCCUCAGCAGAGCGUUACCAAAUCUAAACACUGAAGUAAAGGAACCCGAAGUUUUAAAGUCAGCGAAUAGACCACGUGAACCAUCUCGAGAUGGCACCACACCAUUAGAUCUGAGCGUACGACGCACUCCGGAAUCUGUUACGACAGAUGAACACGAGAAGGAAAAUAGGAUGCGUUCUACGACUCCUGAGCAAAUAGUAUGCGCUCCUUCUUUACCGGGCUCUCCUGGAACGCCAUCGCCUUCGAGGAGAUCUUCCUCGCCAAGCGGAGAAAGUUCUCCCAAACGAAGUCGACGCAGUUCAAGAGGACCGACACCAAAACCACCGAGCAUACCUUCUCCUCAAGAAGAAAAAUUUCCUCCAGCAGUGCCUCCACCGAUCAUACCUUCUGGUUUGGCACUAAGACUUGCCACAGAUUUGCCGGUAGCAACUGUGCCGCCACAAGUUCUGGUUAAGCAAGGGGUGUCAAUGUGCAAAGAGUGCAACAUAGUGUUCUGCAAGUUCGAAAACUAUCGCAUACACAAACGCUUUUACUGUUCGGCCGGCGGCGGGGAUGACAGAGUCAGUCCUGUGCCUCCAGAGGCAGGCACGCCACCGCAGUACCGACAGCUUAUCUGCCUCGCGUGCGGUAUACAUUUCACCUCCCUGGAUAAUUUGACAACUCACCAGUUGUAUUAUUGUACGAAGAGGGAGACUCGGUCUCCGCGCAGCAUGCCCGAAGCUCCGAGGCCCGCAUCGGGGUCUGAAGGCGGGUGGAAAUGCCCGUGCUGUGACGUGGUGUCGCCUACGGCAGCAGCGGCACAGCGGCACAUGGAGGCGCAUGCUGGAGUGAAAGCGUUUCGCUGCACGAUCUGUCGCUACAGAGGGAACACGCUGCGAGGCAUGCGUACUCACAUACGCAUGCACUUCAGGGAAAAGCCUGCUGAUCUACAGGAAGAGAGCUACAUCUCAUGCGUAGUCGAGGAAAAUACUCGUGAAACGACAUCCCCAGUCCCAGCUGUGGGCGAGAGGGUUCAUCAGUGCGGCUCCUGCGCGUACACCUCCACAUACCGCGGCAACGUUGUGCGCCACUCGCGCCUAGUCCACCGGACCGGAGAGCCGGAGUCCGAAGAGCAGACGUCCCCCAUCCCUACAGUCGAUAUUAAGAAGGAGCCGGAUACCGAAGAAGACUCCCCGAACGUCUGCAAGUUUUGUAACAUCUCUUUUAAAUAUGUCAACUCGUACAAAGCCCAUAAGCAGUUCUACUGCAAAGCUAACCAGGAUGCUGCGGCCAAUAACAACGUGCCAGCGCGAGUUACGGACGCGUCGGUCGUAUGAAGCGGUGACUACACCGAUAUGACGAUUUUGUUGUGAAAUUUAUAUAGUCACUUUCUUCACGUACCGUAUAACUGACUGAUUUACGUUUUCCAAUACAAACUUUGAAAGACAGUCAAGGUAAUGCUAAAGUUAUAGCUAAGCUUUCUCUAACAGUCAAUCUUGGUUCAUUCAAACGUUAUUUUGAAUGAACUAUUAAUGACUGAUAAAGGAUGCCUGACAUUAAGUUCGCCUUUUGUAUUUUAUUCUUGUGCAAUAAAAUCGAACAAAAAUCAAGAACACUCAUUGGGGUUUCUUGUAAUCUUGCAAUCUCCAUUUCAGCCCAUUUAGGGUAAAUUUUUUUAAACACAAUUCUUAGCGGAUGUUUUUAAAAUUACUUAUUCUUUGUUAAACUUCUUCGUUAAAAUUAGUCUUUAAAUCUUUCUUUAUCAACCCCCAUUUAAUUCGGGUGGAAAACUAAGCAUGAAAAUAAUAAUAGUAAAUUAACAUAUAUAUUUCACAACAAAAUCGCUGAAGUGUUAAACCUAAAUAGGUUUUAAACCGUCAAUCUUAGCUUCCUUUGCUUCCGUACGUUAAAACACAUGUUAAUGUGUCUCUAUAAUAUUAAUCACGUUAUCAGAACUAUUCGAGUUAUGUGCAAUAAUUUAUCAAGUUAAAUUUAUAAUAUAUCGAUUUAAGGACAUUAUCUGUACUGCAUAUCAAAGCCAAAUCGCUGUUUUGACAUUCAAGUGACAGAUCACUGAGUGAACGGAACGAAUGAAAUCUCGGCUAAUGUAAAUACAGCCCUAUUUAGAUUUUGUUAUAAUUAAUAAGUAAUUGUUACUGUAAAUCAUUAAUUAACUUGUUAAAAAAAAAUAAAAAAGUUAACCCCUUUCGUCAUUUGUAUUAGUAUACGUUAAAAUACCAAAUUGUAAAUAUAUUGUGUAAAGAUAUUACUGUCGCAUAUAAUAUUAUUAAAGCUAAAAUUUUAUUACCAUUUGUUCUAAGUGAUUGUUCUGUGUUUGUUGUUAUUUGUAAUUUUUUUUGUUUAUUAUUGAUAUAAUUAGGUGCCUACUGUUAGAUGAACUUUAUCCAACAUUGCCAAGCCGUCGAAUGCUCAUUCCAUAUUUUAUCUGUCUACUGGCUCCUCCAUUUUAUCCGCUGAAUGGAUGACACUACAUCACUCACCUCUAUUAUCACUGGGCUGGCUGGCUAAAAAAAUGACAGUCAGUCCCCAUUAUAAACGCCACAUUUGACAUACUGUUGUCUCUGGAAUUAAUUUUGUAGUGUUUACGUGUUUCAAAUUUUAGUUCCAUCAACUUCCAUGUACUCUCGUAUUACAGCGCUAAACUUACAGCGCCAAAAUGUCGAUAAUCAAUUAGAGACAAGAGAAAAAAAAUACAGGUACAUUAGGUUAUAGCCUACGCCACAAGUACGCACAGGGCGGCACGUUGCAAGUCAUUUUUUUUGUGCUUAUAUGCACAAAAAAAAUGAGGAAUAGUCCUGAGAAAUGUUUCUCUGUUUAUAGUGGAUGGUUUCCACUUACCAUUAGGUGGCCUUGAUACUUCUAUUUAUACUAUAAAAAUAAAAAUCAGUGCAUACAAAAGUAUAAUUACUUGCAACGCUUAAAAUAAACUGCGACACUGAAUUCCAAAUAAAAUGUUAUUAGUUAUGUGGUGUCAUUCAAUCGUGAUCAUCUGGCGGUUAUGAAUUUUGUAUAACGUGUAUUAUAUUUUUCAUUUAAAGCCUAUUUCGCCACUUCUUAAAUUCUUCUAACUAUUGAACAUAAUAAUAAUAAUAAGAUAAAUCUUCUGCCUAGAUAUCCGACUUGUGGUAUAGAACCACCGCCGCCACCGCCUUGAGCCUCCAUUUUCAUUCUUGUUACUGAAGGUGAACCAACUCCAUAUCAGUUCAAAAACUGAUCACCGUCAGCAACCCUCGCUCCGAAAUCUCCUAAAAAACACGCACCAUUGUACCUAAAUUUCUCAUUACCAUCUGAAAUAAUAAAAAAAAAAUUAAAGCUCGUUCGCUCCAGAAUUACCUGACCUCUUUAUUUUAAAAACCUACUUGAAACGAGCGAGCGAGCGAUCGAGCGGAAGUGGCACUUUAUUGUAUAAGCAGUGCUUUGCCUAGUCCCCUAAUAAUUUCUUUAAAGAGAACAUUGAUUACGAAUCGAAUAUGCGUUUUCGAAAUAUUUACGUUUUCAUCUGAGCAUAGAAUCGAUCGUUAUUUUAAUGAAUGUAGAUUAUAAAUCCCCCGAGAGUGCGCUAGUUUAAGAAAGAACGGAAGAACGUUUAAGUUUG